GAUAUUUUUUUAUAAAAAAAAUUAUAAGAAAGAUAAGAUUAAUUAGAUAAAUUAAAUGCAACUAAAAUAGUUUUAAAGCUAUUUUGGGAUGAAAACGAAAACGAUUCAUAUUAUUUAAAUUAUUUAUUAAAAUUCUUAAAUUUAUUACUUAAAAAUGGUAAUAAAUCUGUAUAGAAGAAUAUUUUUGAUUAUUUUUAAUCCUCAUCAAAUAGUGAGAAAUUAUUUAGUAAAAUAAACUAGAUUCUUUAUUCUUAAUCUAUAUAAAAGCCUAUUUUAAAUGGUUCUCAUAAAUCUUAAAUUAUUUAAAAAAUACUACGUCUAUUGUAGCUUUUUUGCGAAGGCCAUAAUUUAUUUUUAUAAAACUACAUCAGAAAAUAAACUAACUCUAAAUAUUCUUACGAUUUAGUUUCUCUAACAAUAAAACUACUAAUAUCUUACUAAAUAACACCCGAAACAUACACUUAAAUAGAGUAAUGUUUCGACACUUUAACUGAGUUUGUAUAAGGUCCUUGUAAAGAGAACUAAAACUGCAUUGCCUAGACUAAAUUUCUCGAAUAUGCAGUUUAAGUAUUAGGUGAAGAUUCCAGAUUAUAUGACGAAAACCAGAAAAUACACGUAGGUUAAGUAGCUAGACUGAAAUAUAAAUGCCUAAUAACAAUUAAUUCCUUACUAGAAUUCCAAGACUAGAAAAGUAACUUCAUAGGAAAUAUAAUGAGGAACAUUCCAUUGUAAAUAUUAACAUCUAACCUUACAAAAAUAUAUAUAUUAUGGAAAAAAUACUCCAAUAAUGACUAUAAUAAAGACUUAUUUAAUAAUUAUGAAGAUGAAAUAGAUUUCAAAGACGAAUAAAAUAGUGAAAAAUACCAAUUUAUAAUUGAAAAUGGAUUUUUUAUUUAUAUUUUGAUAAAAUUAUAUAUAUCAAAUAAUGUUUUUGAAGAAAUCGAAUAAUAAGAUGAUGAUGACAUGAAUUCUAUUUUAAACGAAUUUAAAUAAGAAGAAGAUGAUGGUUUUGAUGCUUAUUUUCAAAAAAAUAACAUUUUUGGAAAUAUAGGCAAAAUAGGGAAAGGCUUAUUAUCUGUGGGAAUGAACGCAUUACAGGAAAUUAAUAGCAAUUUAAAACAAAAAAAACAAUAAGAAGAAGAAGAAAUUAAAAAGGAAAAAGAAAAAAAAAAAGAAUUACAUGAAGCUCUAUCUUUUUUCCAUUAAAAAACAUGCCAAAUCGAAAUCAUUCGCGAUGGGGAAUUACAGACUAUUUUUUUCCCUAAACUACCCUUAUGUUUCACUCUAUCUGAUGAAGUAAAAGACCAUUUUAAUAAUAAAGUUAAUAGAUCAUCCUCUAAAGCUAAACUAUCAUAUUUAAUGGACUAAUCAGACUCCAUAAUCCUCAUAAUGACUCACGAAGAAAACAUCCGGAGGCUAGUAAAUCGUUAUUACCUCAUAGGUUUUAUAGUAAACAAUCAUAAACUACUUGAAAACAUGAAUUUUUUAUUCGCAAUCGUCCUAAACUUAAUCAUAUUGACCUCAUACUCUUAAUAUUUUCUAAUAAUACCCCCAAAUGUGUCCAAAGAUUCCCCUGAAUAUAGUAAUGCAUUAAAUAAUUCCCGUUUAUAAGACCCAAGAUUCCUAUAUAUUAAAGAAUAUGAUGAUGUUGAAAAAUUCAUAUUUAUGAUUGGCAUUUUUAAUCUUUUUCUAGUUUGUAUAGUUGUUAGUUUUUUCCUUUUAAAAAGGGCUCCUUUAAUAAUUGGGAAUAUUUGGUGCAGCUUUUUUUUGUUAAAACUAAAAAAAAAAAAAACUAAAUUUAUUUUCUUUAUAAAAAAUUUCUUUAAUUUUCUCAUCAAAAUUUUCUAUUCAAUUUAUUUAUUACUUUAAGAUUUCGAUAUUAUAUACUACUUUACAUAAUUAAUCUUCGCUCUAUUAGGUUUAACUUAUCACCCUUUCCUUUUUGGAGGUCUUCUGUUCGAUUUUUUACGUUUUGACAUCCUUUCGAAUGUAGUAAAGGCCAUAUAUGAGCCAAAAAUAGAACUAGGAUUAUCUUUUUUACUCUUUGUAAUCUUAGAGUACUAUUUUACUAUCGUAUCUUACAUUUAUUUCUAUGAUUAAUAUCCUGAAGGGGAUUGUGAGAGUUUUUGGAAGUGUUAUUUUAAGACUUUUGAUUAUACAUUUAAAGAAACUGGGGCUGUGGGAAAAUUUUUAAAAGAAAAAAGUAGUUUAAAUUUAGUAAAUGAUGAAUAUAUAGGAGUAAAUUAAAAUUAUAAAGAUAAAUAUUUCGCUAGAUUUGCAUUUGAUAAUAUGUUGAAUAUUAUUUUAGUUUUAAUUGUAAUUAAUAUGGUUGGAGGUAUUAUUAUUGAUAAGUUUAAAGAACUAAAAGAUAAACUAGAUGAAAAAAAUUACGAUGAAAAUAAAUUCUGCUUUAUUUGUGGAUUAGAUAGAUAAACAUUAGAUAAAGGAGGUGAUUAAGGAGGAUUUUUUUAUCAUAUAAAGGUAGAACAUAAAAUGUGGAAUUAUAUUUUUUAUAAGGCAUAUUUAAAAUUCAAAUAAGUAACAGAAUAUAAUGGAGAUGAAAGUUAUAUUUGGUCAAAAAUUGAAAAAUAUGAUAUCAGUUGGAUACCUAAAAAAAGGACAAAGAAAAUUAAAGAUUAAUAGGAUUUGGAAGAAGAAAAAAUUAAUAUGUUGGUUUCUAUUAAAGAAUCUGUAAUAUAAAUAAAAAAAUAAUAUAUAUAUAUAUAUAUAUAUAUAUAUAUAUAUUAUUUAUAAUACAUAUAUUUUUUUUAACAAUAUAAUAGAUGA